AUGCUUUCACUUUGUUGUUAUCCGGUGUUGAAGUCUCUGUUUUUCCUCCUCGUGGGUUUUUGUCAUUGCUCGAGUUCAAAAUACUGUGUUGGAGCAGAGGCAGAAGAUGAGAAAAUCGAGUUGCUUUUGUCCCAAGUUAAGGGCAAAGAUAUUACUGAGUUGAUUGCUUCCGGAAGGGAAAAAUUGGCCUCGGUGCCCUCUGGUGGUGGUGCAGUGGCUGUUGCCGCGCCAACUGGUGGUGCUGCAGCACCGGCUGCCGCUGCCGAGACAAAGAAAGAAGAGAAAGUAGAAGAGAAAGAGGAAUCUGAUGAUGAUCUGGGAUUCAGCCUCUUUGACUAA